CCUCAUUAACAUGAGAAAGAGUGAGAACAUGAUCAUAUGGUCAUGAUGAAUGUCAGUAUGAUAAUGAUGAUGAUGAUGGCCCAUUGAUACCACUGGUUUGGAUUGUCUUAGAAGCCAAGGCACAGGCACCGACAAGAAGGAGACUUUUGAACACUUUUAAACAACACAUCAUACGUACCAUAAUGCAUACAUAGUAGCCAUGCUGUUGGUGGAUCCAUCUAUCAUUAGGAUGUGAAAAUGGAGGUUGCUUUACACUCAAUCUGCUAACAAACUGCCGCUUUUUGAGGGAUUAAUCUGACGGUCGUGAGCUUCUCCUCCAACUUCCAUCGUCGGUUCACAGCCUUCUCUUCAACGAGUCUCUCUCCUUCCGGCCAUGGCGGCGAUGCCAUGGACAUUGCUGUUGGUGUUGCUGGUUGCUGCGCCGGCCCUUUAUGGGGUCUCAAGCAAUACAGACGGUCGAGAUGUGGCUGCACUACGUGCUCUGAGGAAUGUGUGGCAGCACACGCCGCCAAGUUGGGAUAAAUCAAACGAUCCCUGUGAUUCAAAGUGGGAAGGAGUCAUUUGCACCGAUGACAGGGUGACCGGAUUGAGAUUAUCAACCAUGGGCCUUGUAGGUGGUCUCGGCGGCGACAUUGGGACACUCACCGAGUUGCAAUCCUUGGACCUUUCUUUCAAUCCAGGCCUAUCUGGACCCGUCUCUUCAUCAAUCGGUGACUUGAAGAAAUUAACCAUCCUGAUCCUGGCUGGCUGCGGAUUCACUGGCAACAUCCCAGAGGAAUUAGGAAACCUACAAGAACUCUCAUUCUUGGCUCUGAAUUCAAACAACUUCACUGGUGGAAUACCUCCUUCUUUGGGUACGCUCUCCAAUGUUUACUGGCUGGACCUGGCAGACAAUCAGCUGACUGGAUCUCUCCCUGUCUCAACAUCAACCACCCCCGGGUUGGACCAGCUUCUCCAUGCAAAGCACUUCCAUUUCAACAACAACAACCUAUCGGGUAAAAUUCCAGCCGAGCUUUUUAGCUCCGAAAUGGUGCUGAUACACAUACUAUUUGAUGGAAAUCAACUAACUGGGGAGAUCCCAUCCACACUAGGGCUUGUGCAAACCCUUGAGGUUCUUCGGCUUGAUAGGAAUUCACUAAAUGGUCCCACCCCGGAAAACCUUAACAACCUCACAAAGAUAAAUGAACUGCAUUUAGCAAACAAUCAGCUGACGGGGCCAGUACCUGACCUUACCGGAAUGACUUAUCUCAAUUAUGUGGACCUUAGUAACAAUUCAUUCGAUGCAUCAGAAGCUCCAACCUGGUUCUCAAACAUACAGACUCUUACCACUCUAGUCAUGGAAUACGGAACACUUCAAGGUCAAGUCCCGCUAAAGCUGUUCAGCUUUCCACAACUGCAGCAAGUGAAAUUGAAGAACAACUCAUUCAAUGGCACCUUGGACAUGGGUGAAAGCAUCAGCCCACAACUCCAACUGGUAGAUUUGGAAAACAACCAAAUUGCCUCCUUUACGGUGCACCCCAGCUCUACGAAAAAUCUAGAACUUUUUGGGAACCCGUUCUGUACCCCCCCUCAGCCCUCCAAUGAUAACUAUUGCCGGCUCCAGACAUCAUCAGCAACAGCCUAUUCAACGAAUUUGGCAAACUGUGGCAGCACAUCAUGUACCCCCGAUCAGAGGCUCAGCCCUCAGAGUUGCUAUUGUGCCUACCCAUACACUGGAACUCUGUACUUCAGAGCACCUUUUUUCAGAGACUUGUCCAACAGCACCACAUUCCAGUCACUGGAAAGGCGCUUGUGGACAGAACUCGACCUAACUCCAGGUUCAGUAUCUCUUCAAAAGCCAUUCUUCAACAUACAUGACUAUCUCCAGGUGCACUUGGAACUCUUCCCAUCCACCGGAAAGUAUUUCAACCGGUCAGAGAUUCAGAGGAUCGGGUUCGAUCUUACCAACCAAACUUUUAAACCACCCCAUGAGUUUGGACCAUACUCUUUUAUUGCAUCUCCAUAUGCUUUCCCAGCCGGAAGUGGAGGGACUUCGAUGAGUUCAGGCGUAGUUAUCGGGAUAGCUGUUGGCUGUGCUGUUUUGGUUGUCGUGCUUGUGGGAGUUGGGAUAUAUGCCUUCCGGCAAAAGAAACGGGCAGAAAGAGCCAUAGAAUUAAGCAAACCUUUCGCAUCUUGGGGUCCGAGCGGCAAAGACAGCGGCGGUGCACCACAACUGAAAGGUGCGAGAUGGUUUUCUUAUGAUGAACUCAAAAAGGGCACCAACAACUUCUCCGAAAGCAAUGAGAUUGGAUCAGGAGGUUAUGGCAAGGUUUACCGAGGUAUGCUUCCGGGUGGGCAAAUUGUGGCAAUCAAAAGAGCACAGCAAGGAUCCAUGCAGGGUGGGCUCGAGUUCAAGACUGAAAUUGAGUUGCUUUCUAGGGUUCAUCACAAGAACCUUGUCAGUCUCGUGGGUUUCUGUUUUGAGAAUGGGGAACAGAUGCUAAUCUACGAAUAUGUUCCAAAUGGAACACUAAGAGGGAGUUUGUCUGGGAGAAGUGGCAUCCAUCUGGACUGGAAGAGGAGACUUCGGAUUGCUUUAGGAUCAGCAAGAGGAUUAGCUUAUCUUCAUGAGCUCGCUGAUCCUCCCAUAAUACAUAGAGACGUCAAGUCAACUAAUAUUCUUUUGGAUGAAAAUCUGACUGCCAAGGUUGCAGACUUCGGCCUGUCAAAGCUAGUAUCAGAUAGCGGAAAGGGACAUGUUUCUACCCAAGUUAAGGGCACAUUGGGUUAUCUCGAUCCCGAAUAUUAUAUGACUCAACAAUUGACAGAUAAGAGCGACGUAUACAGCUUCGGUGUGGUUAUGUUCGAGCUGAUAUCUGCAAAGCAACCGAUAGAGAAGGGCAAGUAUAUUGUUCGGGAGGUCCGGAUGGCAAUGGAUAAAAAUGAAGAACACUAUGGCCUGAAUGAGAUAAUGGAUCCUUCCAUUCGGUAUGCAACCAAUCUCGUUGGUUUUGGGAGGUUUGUGGAGUUGGCCAUGCAAUGCGUUGAAGAAUCAGCUGCAGACCGUCCAACAAUGAGCGAGGUGGUGAAGGAAAUCGAGACCAUAUUGCAGAAUGAUGGGCUGAACACAAACUCAACUUCUGCGUCUUCAUCCGCCACAGACUUUGGGUCCAUGAAGGGCGCUCUGCGCCAUCCUUAUAAUGAAACUCUACCAAAAAAGGAUGAAAAUAGCGAUGCUUUCGAUUACAGUGGUGGGUACACAUUCUCAGCCAAAGUCGAACCCAAGUAGCAAAAUUUUUCAUCCUUCUAUUAUAUUUUGCUUACUACCCAUCUAUUAUAUUUGUUUCUGUAUGUGUUGAAAGAAGUCCUAUCGCAGAAUGAAACCUGCGCAACCAUCAAAUGGUAUUGUACUUGUGCCUGUGAAUCUGAAUUGUUUCUCUCAAAUGGAACUCAAUUCCAUUUUCUCCUCCCUAAUCCAGUAUGCCCCACCCCAUCAGGAUAGUGAAAGGAAAAUCCCAACAGCAGAGUUGAUGCUUUAAUGCAGUUUCCUUACAAAGGCUUCAUUGCACCAACUUAGAACACGUCAACAACCACGAGUAGUUUACUAGGAUAUUUAACAUUUUUUAGUUCCACAAGGAUGUCAUUCUUGUAUUUUCUAUUGCAACGUGUUUCCUUCCACAAUAAUCAAUGUUUAUUUUCAACUUUCAAAUUU